AUGACCGCCGCCGAACAUAGAAAUAGUACUGUUCAACCCAUCACCACACCACCCCAUUUCACCAAAUCAGCGGAUGGUGAAAACGAGGGGGAGAUUUUGGAUUGGUCAAGACAAGUUUUUUGUAAAUGUACAACACAUUUUAAUCCUGUAUUUCCAUUAUUAUCACCACAUUACAUUACAUUACAUUCCAAGUCAGGAUCACCAUUAUUAAAUAUUUAA